GCAGAUCUCCUUGCCCUGAUCAUUGACCUAAAAUAAUGACUCAUCGUCAGUUAAUACCCUCCUGGCAGAGUGCUCACUCUUUCCCAUCCCCCGGCAAUAGGCUCCAUUCUCGAUAAUGAGUUCGACAUCAGAAGUGACGUUGAUCCCUUGGGAUCCGCUCUCGGAGGCUCAUCGAAUACUGCUCUUCAAACAGCGUGUGGAAUGCUCUUGGGACAUGGAAUUGGUCCACGAGAUAUGGAGAAAUGAACAGAUUCGAGGCGAGAAGUGCAUUUACUGGAUUACCCUCCCGGCCAACGACCUCGUGGGAGGGGAACACGAGAAGCUGAUUGACACGGCCGUCUCCAUUCAUGCAACAACACGCCAACCGACAGAAGCCGAGUUCAUGCCAAUCGGACAUAUUUCGUUAGACUCGAAAAACAAGAAGGCCGAGAAACUGGACCUCGAUAUUCCCUCCGAGCAUGUCUUCUGGAUUAAAUCCUUUUUUAUUCUACAUCAACUCCAGGGCAAAGGAAUUGGACGAGCAGUCAUGGAUGAAAUCGAGAGAAUCGCUAUCCGAGAGCCGCUACGCGCUAGGACUUUGAUGCUAGACACCGUCGAGAGAGGAGAUCAACUGAGAGAGGAGUUUGCGAGGGCUACCUAUGGAGGCAUUCCGAAGAUUACUAACCAGGAUUGGUAUAGUAGACGGGGGUAUAAAUCUCUUGGAAUUGUGCAGAACUACUACGAUUCCAAGGAUAAGAAUGGGAAGCAGUGGGAUACGAAAGCAAUAUUCAUGCGGAAGGACCUUCUAUAAUGAGCUACACCCAGUAGAACAGGAUAAAGGAUAUUUAGCAUCAGAUGCAUAGUCACAAAUUGGUUGCCCAAGGUACCCGUAGCGAUCCUAUCUUCUCCGCACCCCAUCAAUAUUUCAUUUCCAAUGAUAGCUACCAGAAGGAACUGCGGGUCAAGAGGA